GUGAGCUUGGGUUUGAACAAUCUUACGUGUCAUUCUCAGAGUUUCAGUCAUUCAGAAACCUCCUGGACACUUUUUUGAGGACAAAUCCAUGCUGGGUCUGGAUUUGUUAUUGAUGAGCUGUGGUCGCAUUGGUUAACGGUUGCUAACUUGCUAGAAGCAUGAAGGCUUUGAUCCUGGUGGGGGGGUAUGGGACCCGGUUGCGACCGCUCACCCUGAGCGUCCCAAAACCUCUGGUGGAGUUCUGCAACAAACCCAUCCUGCUGCAUCAGGUGGAGGCACUGGUCAAAGCUGGGGUGGACCAUGUUGUUCUGGCGGUGAGCUACAUGUCAGAGCUGCUGGAGAGAGAGAUGAGAGUCCAGGAGCAGAGACUUGGGAUUCGUAUCUCUCUGUCUCAUGAGAGGGAGCCUCUGGGAACAGCGGGUCCUCUGGCGUUGGCUCGAGAGCUGCUGAAUGUGGACAACGAGCCGUUCUUCGUCCUGAAUUCAGACGUCAUCUGUGAUUUUCCCUUCAAAGAUCUGCUGCAGUUCCACCGCAACCACGGCAAGGAGGGAACCAUCGUGGUAACUCGGGUGGAGGAGCCCUCUAAAUACGGUGUGGUGGUGUUUGAGGCGGAGGGCGGGAGGAUCCAUCGCUUCGUUGAGAAACCGCAGGUGUUCGUCUCUAACAAGAUCAAUGCCGGCAUGUACAUCUUCAAUCCCAGCAUGCUCAGCAGGAUCCAGCUGAGACCAACGUCCAUAGAGAAAGAGAUAUUUCCUGUCAUGGCAGAGGAGGGACACCUGUACGCCAUGGAGCUACAGGGUUUCUGGAUGGACAUCGGUCAGCCUAAAGACUUCCUGACCGGGAUGUGUAUGUACCUUCAGUCGGUACGACAACACGCUCCUGAGCGGCUACGCACGGGGCCCGGUUUCCUUGGCAACGUUCUGGUGGACCCGACAGCUCAGAUCGGAGAGAACUGCACCAUCGGCCCAAACGUGACCAUCGGCGCCGGCGUGGUUGUGGAGGAUGGCGUCAGGAUAAAACGAUGCACGGUGCUGAAGGGAGCGCGGGUUCGAUCGCACUCUUGGCUGGAGAGCUGCAUCGUGGGGUGGAGCUCCUCUGUUGGCCAGUGGGUUCGUAUGGAGAAUGUGACGGUGCUGGGGGAGGAUGUGAUCGUGAAUGACGAGCUUUACCUGAACGGUGCCAACGUCCUGCCUCACAAAUCCAUCAACGAGUCGGUACCAGAGCCACGGAUCAUCAUGUAGCAUCGGGUGGAGGAGAAAAGCUCAGCGCCUUUUAUACGAACUCAAGUCAACACCCAAACUGUGCCAGAGAGAAGGGGGGGG